UAUAUCAUCGCUGCCUAUCCCCAAAACGCCAAAAGUACUUUCCGCCUCCCAUUUCCAAUCUCGCCUUCAGUCGCAGCUCAGAGUUGCGAACACUUCAAUAACGCAAGUUGAAGAUCUUAGUUCUCGAGAAACAUGGCCACUCAAAUGAGCAAAAAACGGAAGUUUGUGGCGGACGGGGGGUUUUUUGCUGAGCUGAACGAGUUGUUGACCAGAGAGCUGGCGGAGGAUGGGUACUCCGGUGUGGAGGUGAGGGUCACUCCCAUGCGUACCGAGAUCAUCAUUAGGGCCACUCGCACUCAGAAUGUUCUUGGUGAGAAGGGAAGAAGAAUUAGAGAACUGACAUCUGUUGUCCAAAAGAGGUUCAAGUUCCCAGAAAAUAGCGUUGAGCUCUAUGCAGAGAGAGUUAACAACAGGGGCUUAUGUGCUAUUGCACAGGCUGAGUCCUUGCGUUAUAAACUUCUCGGGGGGCUUGCUGUCCGCAGAGCCUGCUAUGGAGUCUUACGGUUUGUUAUGGAGAGUGGUGCAAAGGGGUGUGAGGUAAUUGUCAGUGGAAAACUUAGGGCUCAACGUGCCAAGUCAAUGAAGUUCAAGGAUGGAUACAUGAUAUCCUCAGGCCAGCCCGUCAAAGAAUACAUCGACUCUGCUGUGAGACAUGUUCUUCUCCGACAGGGUGUUCUUGGCAUCAAAGUUAAGAUCAUGCUUGAGUGGGACCCGAAGGGGAAGCAGGGUCCAGUCACACCCUUGCCUGAUCUUGUCACCAUUCAUCCACCAAAAGAAGAGGAGCAUUACGUCGCCCCACCAGUUGCUGCAACUGAUGUAGAGAUCCCAAUGGCCUAAAAGAUUUUGUCAGCAGCCAAUGUAAUGUAGAUAUGAGAUGUGAAACUAUCACCAAAACCACUGGACUUUGUUCCAGUGUUCAUGAUUUGCUCGUAAUCUUAUAUACCGUGUACUUGAUCAUCUCGUCUGUCUUCAUGCUUAUGAUGUACUUGGAAAAGUCUUUAUAGUUUGUGCAAUUAUGUUCUCUAUAUUGAAGUUGUUGAGCAUGUUAGCAA